AUGGCUUCACGAAGAUGCAUCAUGUUUCUCUCUAUUGUUGUUGUAAUUGUCCUUUUCUAUAUCUCAUGGUACCCUUGUAGUUUGCACGAUCAUGACUACGAGUCAGGUAUAGAGAGAACGUAUACCUGGUAUAUGAAAACUGUUAAAUACUUUAUGUUUCAAGACUCCAACGUUAUUGGUGAUGUGUCUUUAGUUUCAACUAAGACAUUCGAUGUUGAUUCGUUUGGUGCUAAAGGUGAUGGCAAAAAAGAUGAUGCAAAGGCAUUCAAGAAGGCAUGGAAGGAAGCAUGUUCAUCUACCGAAGCAGCAGUUUUUAGUGUGCCCAAGAACAAGAAGUACCUUGUAACACCAAUUAAGUUUAAAGGUCCUUGCAAAGCUUCACUAACCAUGCAGAUAUCGGGAACUAUUUUAGCAUCUACAGAGGAGUCCAAGUAUAAGAAAGAUGAAAGGCAUUGGCUUAGGGUUGAUGGAGUUGAUAACCUGCAGAUCGAAGGAGGAGGUGUCAUUGAUGGCAAUGGUGCCAUUUGGUGGAAUCAUUCCUGCAAAGUCGACAAGGAUCGUCCUUGCAAGGAUGCCCCAACGGCUUUGACGCUUUACGAGUGCACAACUUUGGUAGUGAAUAACCUAAAGGUUCAAAAUGCGCAACAAAUGCACGUUUCUUUCGACAAUUGUGAAAACGUCCAAGUUUCUAAUAUGAUAGUGGUUGCACCCGAAGAUAGUCCAAACACGGAUGGAAUUCAUGUCACUCGCACCCAGAACAUCAAAAUAUCUGACUCUGUUAUAGGAACAGGGGAUGAUUGCAUAUCGAUAGUGAAUGGAUCCAAAGAUGUUCAAGCCACCGGUAUAACAUGUGGACCUGGUCAUGGGAUUAGUAUCGGGAGUUUGGGAGCUAAAAAAGCAGAAGCUCAUGUUUCAGAUGUUACAGUUGAUGGGGCUAACCUUACUGGAACGACAAAUGGGGUUAGAAUCAAGACUUGGCAGGGAGGAUCAGGAGAUGCAAGCAACAUUACGUUUAAAAAUAUCAACAUGACGAACGUGACAAACCCUAUCAUUAUAGACCAGAAUUAUUGUGAUCAAGAUGGACCGUGCAAAGAACAGGAUUCAGCAGUCGAAAUCAAAAAUGUGGUUUACCAAAAUAUUAUUGGAACUAGUGCGGAUGAAGAUGCAGUGAUAUUUAAAUGUAGCAAAAAACAUCCAUGUCAAGGGAUUGUGUUGCAAGAAAUCAACUUUACUCGAGAGGGGGGUGGUGACACUAAGGCUAUCUGCAACAACGUCGAGUUGACUUAUACUGGAACUGUAAUCCCCCGAUGUCCAAAAAACAGUUCAGAUCAACGAGCAUUUGGAACGUAUGAUUACCACUGA